AUGUCGGCAGAGGAGCCGGAAUCCCAAAAGCGAACAUCAUUUGGGAGACUCGAAGAACCUUUGCGGAAAGACUCGUGGCUGUCGUCCCAUCAUGGUGCAGGUUGUGUCUCGCUGGCAAUCCGUCGACUGCGUUCUCCUCCAGAAGAAACGAUCAGCCCCCUCACCUCGAAGACUGAUAACUAUGAAAUGAUUCUGGACUAUCUGGACUCCGAUGACCCGGAAAUGAUAGACGAAGUGACGGGCCAGCCAAUGCGGCCCUAUGUGAGUUUUGUGUUCAAAUUUAAAAUGCUGAAGGAGCAUGGAGCAGUACCACUGUCGAUUACGAAUUCAGAGGCGGAUACCAUUGUCAUUGAGACUCCUGGUCGCAACUCUACGCAAGAAAUAGAUUCACCAACACCUCCGAGUCUUUCGGGAAGCAUUCCAAGUCCGAGAAAGCGACCACCACGGGACCAUCUGUACGACUCGGAGGUCGAAACUUUACUGGAGAGAAGGAAACGAACCAAAACCCGAAUGGAUCAAGUCCAACAGGAAAAUUUGCAACGACGCGAAGAAAUACGGCAGCUCUUGGAAGGCCUGCGACAAACCGUAAAGUCGGAGGAAACGGCACUGGUUCGCGCGGAACAGGAGUCCCAGGAUCUCAAAGUAAGCGUUAGGCUAUCUGCGACAGGCAUUUAUGGGCUGGUUUAG